CUGUUACUCAUUUCCGACGUUACUCUGCCAGUUCUCGGUUCUGGAUACAAGACUACAUGAGACAAUAUAAACUGGAAAAUGAAACUUGACAUUCCUCACGUUAUGAGGUGGUUCUUCUUGUGUUUCACUACCUUAGGAUCACUUUCACCCAAUCAUGUAUCCACCAAAAGUUUACCUCUCUAUUCUUAUGAUAAUUCUAUGCUUGUUCUCCUUCAUCCGUUUGAUCCAAUACUCCUAAAACCAUUUGAUGCUCUAGCUGAAUAUUCUCGGGUUUCAGUGUACGAGAUGCUUAGGUACUUAGAUCAGAAGAGGUUAAAUGGUAAUCCAUUGUAUAACAACUCUGCAUGCGUCAUCGAUGUGACCUCGAUUGUUUAUGGAAUCAUUCGAUCAGACAAGGAGGCAGUGAAAUGGUUGGAUGCUGCAGGUAAGAUUGUCCCUGGUGUCUCUGUUGGUGGUAUCAACUGGGUGGGAAGCAUGGAAUUGUGUCGAAAUAUCACAGAUUUUAGCUACGGUUUAUCCCAGCAUGUUCAAGGAAAGUAUUGCUCUGCAUAUGUGAAACUUCCUACAACGGAAGAACUUCCUCAACAGUUGUCAUUCGAACUGAAUUAUGGAGUGUGCAUUCCUCAUUCUUGUACGAAGGAUGACUUGAUUUGGCUACUAGAUAUGGUGCUUUCCAAGGUAAAUUUAUCCAUAGAUAAGUCCACAAGCUUCUGUCAUGCAGAUUUUGGAGAACUACCUAAAGACGGUUGGUUUUGGGUAGCAAUGUCUUUGUUAGUUCUUAUGAUCAUUCUUCUGAUAAGUGGAACAAUGGUGGAUGUAGUUCUAUGGUGCAAUUGGAAUUAUCGCUUUUAUGAAUUUCUGUACAACAGGAUAAGAGUCAGUUUGCCUAAGGAUACAUUUACUACCAGUGAGGAGGAAAAUUUAGUUGAACAAACUCCGUGUGACCAGUCGGAAUCAGUUAAGUUAUCAUAUUUUGAAUACAGAUCCGAUGUGUUGUCCAAUACAACUCCGUUUGUCAAAUUCGUUGCAACUUACUCUAUACCGUUUAACACAUCCCGUCUAUGGCAAUUCAAACCAAGUCAGGUUCUGAAUAAAUCAGGUCACCUUUGUGAUCAUCCUUUACUGUGCUUAGAUGGCAUUCGAUUUCUGACCAUGAAUUGGAUAAUUUAUGGACAUUGUAUAUUGUUUAGCAUGUUUGUCGCAAAUAACAUGUUACUGUACUCACAAAUUCAUCAACCAAAAUGGACCUAUCAAGCAAUAAUUGGUUCAACUUUGUCUGUGGAUACAUUCUUUUUUAUGUCAGGUUUAUUAUCUACUUAUCUCACCAUUCCAAAACUUCGACGAAUUCCCAGUUGGAAACAUUGGAUAAAAUUUUGGUGGAGUUUCGUAUUUCAUCGCAUUUUACGUUUAACUCCAGCUUAUCUUUUAGUCUUGAUACUGUAUACUGGAUUAUUUAAUCAUGCUUAUGUCGGUCCAAUGUAUCCUCAAACUCCCAAUUUGAUGGAUAUAAAAUUUUGUCGUGAUCAUUGGUGGAUAACAUAUUUGAAUAAUUUUAUCUAUGCGGAUGAAAUAUGCAUGGGAUGGUCAUGGUAUUUGUCAAAUGAAAUUCAAUUUUCAAUUGUGUUAUCUCCAAUCUUCUUAUGUUUAGUAGCAUGGAAUGAAUCUAUCGGUGUACUGUUUGGUUUUGGACUUGUGAUUUCCAGUAUCGCGUCCACAUUUGGUAUAUCUUAUUCGAAUGAUUAUUUACCUGGUCUUCUAUCAACUUCAUCAUUCACAACUAUUUACAUAAAGCCGUAUACACGUUGGAGUACAUAUGCUAUCGGUCUUUUAUUGGGCUGGUUUCUCGAAAAAUAUCCCACUAUUUUGGAAAAUGUGAAUACAAAAACGAAGGUUUUGAUUGGUGUGAUUGGUGUAUGCCUGUCAUCCAUAUUCUGUGUAUCUACUGUCUACGGAUUGUAUGGACUACUAAGUGGAAAGGUCGAACCAUUCACAACGUUUGGAGCUGCAACUUAUACAGCAUUCCAUCGACCUAUUUUUAUUCUCGGUAUUGCAAUCGUUGUAUCGAUGUGUGCUCUUGGUUGUGGUGGUCCAAUUCGCUGGAUUCUCACAUUGUCUGUAUUCCGUGUUCCUUCACGGUUGACAUAUACAGCUUAUCUUGUACAUCCGAUAGUGGUUUUAUUCAUCGCUUUAGGAAGUCAGAACCCAAUACUGCUGGAUGACCUGCAUUUGAUAGUUAUGUUCUUUGCCGUUCUACCAAUUACUUAUUGCUUGGCAUACUUGGUCACACUGGCAACUGAGUCACCGGUGUUAGCUAUGACACAUAGUUUUGGAGGGAAAAAGCCUUUGUCAUCAGAAAGUUCCAUGUAAACGAAAGCAAUUGAUCAUGAGUAAAAUCUAGACAAAUCAGGUUUCACUCCUUGUCUUUCUUGAAGUUAUCAAUUUGUAUACCAAUGUAAAGCUAUGGAAUUUCGCUUAGUAGUUUUACUAUUUUCCAUUUUUAUAGUCAAAAUAGUACCAUAUUAUUGAAGAAUUUUGAAUAAGAUGAUAUGUCGUUCUGUGAUAUUAUCUAGUCAUUUUCAAGUUACCCUUAUAAUUUAACAACCUGAAACUUCAUUCAAUCCCUAUUGUUGUUUAUCUCAUUUCUUCUUCAAUUCAAUAUUUGAAUCCUUGCGAUUUAGUGAUUUAGUUCGAAUAAAUAUUUUAACAUGUCA